AUGGCCAAAUGGGGCGAAGGUGAUCCUAGAUGGAUUGUGGAGGAGCGGCCAGACGCUACAAAUGUGAACAACUGGCAUUGGACGGAGAAAAAUGCAGGACCGUGGUCAAAGGAACGGCUAAAAGAGCUGCUGAAUAAUUUCAAGAUAGCUCAAAAUGGUGUAGAUUGUAAGGUGACAGAGGUGGAGAAGAUGGACGGUGAGGCUUCAGCGAAUAAUAGGAAAGGAAAGUUAAUAUUUUUCUAUGAAUGGGAUAUUAAAUUGAAGUGGGAAGGCACUUUGGCUGGUAGCAAAGAUGUCGUGAAGGGAGAAGUGAGCAUCCCGAACUUGUCGGAGGAGAAUGAUGUUAGCGAAGUGGAUAUUUCAGUCACAAUCAAAGGCAGCGGUGAGGAAGCUCAGAGAGUCAAAGCGUUUAUGCACAAUGUAGGCCGAGAUAAAAUCCGGAAGCAACUCUCCGAGUAUGUCCGUAGUCUCAAAGAGGAAUUCUCCAAAGGUCUCAUUCUACCCAAGAAAGGAGAAACCACCGUAAAACCAGAUAAUGUCUCGAUGAUCACCAGCGGUUUCAAUAAGAAAGUUAGCAUGGACCCCAUAGUGGCUCCGAAGAAUAAUCAGAUUGGUUGCAAGUUGGAUACGAAGAGCAUUGAGUUGUCGGAGAAGUUCCAGUGUCGUGCACAGGAGUUCUACGAUGCUAUGACUCGAAUAGAAAUGGUUACUGCAUUUACACAGGGUCAUGUGAAAAUGGAAGCGGAGAAGGGUGGCAAGUUUGCUCUCUUUGGCGGGAACAUUACGGGCGAGUUCAGGGAGCUGGUGCCUCCUAAGAAGAUAGUCCAGUAUUGGCGGUACAAACAGUGGCCGGACCAACACUUCUCUGAAGUCACAUUUACUAUUGAUGAGAAGGACGACCACACCCUGGUGACAGUGAAGCAGGACCUGGUCCCCACCGCGGAGGUGGACCAGACCCGCGACAACUGGCGGCGGUACUACUUCGACAGUAUUAAGCGCGCGUUCGGCUUUGGAGCGUUCCUGUGA